GAGGCGGUAUAUUUGGACAGCUCUUCAUGAGUAUAAAGAGCUUUAUUAUAUGUUGAUAUUAUAUGGUUCUCGUAGGGGAGGUUGUAAGUGGAGGGGUAUAAACAUAAAGUUUCUUUCCAUUUCAUCUCUCACUUUCAGUACAUCAAGCACCAAAAUGUUCCUAUCAGUCAUCCCUUUUAUAUAUUUCUCCAUCAUCUCCUCUACAACAACCAAAAUAUAACCACUUUAAUUUACUUCUUCUCUAGGGAAAAAAAAAAGUAUAUACCCAAUUUAAUAUAAUGACUAUUCACAAAAUUAUCACCUUUGUGUUUGUUCUUACUUUGUCUAACUUUGUUCAAGGUACCACAAAAAAUGAUCAGUCUGAAUUCUUUGUUGUCAUGAAGAAGUAUGUCACAGGGAAUUGUUUGUCUAAUUGGGAUAUUGGAAAUCAAUUUGUCAAUUAUGAAGGAAUUGACUGUGAUGAACAAGGAAAUGUUGUCAAAAUUGAUAUUACAGGAUCGAGCCCUCAUCAGAGGCAUGCCUAUCGACACCUGUCAAAGUCUUCGGCUUGCACGAUGUCUCCUUCCAUUUGCUAUGGAAGAAAAGAAUGGACGCAACACUUUAUUCUCUUCUACUGCUCUUUGUUUAAUUUGAAGAUGGAAUAAUCAAAGUUUGUUCUACCA